AACCCUUAGAGGCUGUUCUUUGGUCGGACGGGGUUGCGCGCUCGCAUCCGUUUACCGAGAACGGGAUCAAGCAUCUCCAUCUUCUCCUCAACGAAGCCGAUGGAUCUUUGGAGUCAAGCCAAGAUGUGACCGUCACGUUUUGGAUCUCUCCGUCCUUUAGAUAGAAAACAGAACCCCUGUUUCUAUAGAAACAUAAAUAAUUGACAAUUAGAAAACUAUUAUUCCUAAAAUGCACUCCUCUAGCCGGACCUUCGCUCCGCCCUUGAGGCCUCGUCGCAUCGACACGAGCAGGCGGACCACCACCGCAGCGGAACCAAAGCCACACGGCCCUGUUUCCCAGAGGGAAGACAAAAACAUGAACACCAUUUCCUCUUCCUCUCCUCGGCGCGCCACCAAAGCGACCCCUGAGUCUUCCAGGACCAGGGUGGGGGUCCAGCCUCGUGCCCCCUUGGGUCAGUCCAGAUUGGGCUUACAGAGAAACACAGCUCCCCUCUCUACGACCAAACCCAAAAGUGUCCGUGCAGCAGCUGUGUCGAAACGCGCCCCUCUUCCUCCUCCUCUUCCUCAUCUGGACCCCAACUGUAAUGAACCCAGCCUGCCUUGUCUGUGCUGCGACGGCCAUUCCCCCCAGGACAAUAACAGUCUGUUCAACCACAACCACAACAACAACAAUACCAUCUCCAUCAGACAGCAGCUGAAGCUUCAGCCCCCUCCACCACCUCCCCUGCUACCCCAGAGACAGGAGGGGACAGGGGGCAAGACCAAGACACAGGCCAGCCCCUCUCAGCCCCCUCCACCACCUCCCCUGCUACCCCAGAGACAGGAGGGGACAGGGGGCAAGACCAAGACACAGGCCAGCCCCUCUCAGCCCCCUCCACCACCUCCCCUGCUACCCCAGAGACAGGAGGGGACAGGGGGCAAGACCAAGACACAGGCCAGCCCCUCUCAGCCCCCUCCACCACCUCCCCUGCUACCCCAGAGACAGGAGGGGACAGGGGGCAAGACCAAGACACAGGCCAGCCCCUCUCAGCCCCCUCCACCACCUCCCCUGCUACCCCAGAGACAGGAGGGGACAGGGGGCAAGACCAAGACACAGGCCAGCCCCUCUCAGCCCCAGCCUCAGGUCCCGGCCCCAACCUGCCCCCCUAAUGCCCUGGAACUGGAGAAAGGAAAAAUAGAUGAGGAGAAUGCAGAUGUUAACAAGAACACAGAUGUGGGCAUAGACAACAAGAAAGAAACGGAGGAAGAAGAGGAAAACAGUGUUGAAGUUGAUGAUGAGGAGGAGGGAGAUGAUGAUGAUGACACGUUGGUCCCAUCGUGCUGCGACUGCCCUCCCUCUCUCCUGGAUCUCUCCCUGACCUCCUCCACCUCCUCCACUUCCAUCAGCUCCUGCUCCGAUCUGGAGUCAGACUGCGCCGAUCUGUCCACCUCUCUCUCGUCCUCUGGCCACAAGUGGAACGCUGAUCUGUCAAUCUCUCAGGACCACACUCACAUUCAUGUUCCUGAACACUACCCAGCCUCCCGUUCACCCCCUGUCCUGCUCCUCAACCCCAAACUCCCCUCUGUCUCUCGUUGCCCUUCCUCCCCCCCACCCGCUUGCUCCCCAGACGAGGGCUACCCCUCCGCCCCCGCCUCCCCCGACUACCUGGGGGUCAAAGGUCAGACAGGCUUAGGGUCAGAGGUCACCAAACUAGGCCUCCUGGACUUCCUGGAGUCAGUGGGAGACUUUGGAAAGAUGGAGCGCUUUAGCCAGGUGAUUCAGGUGGUUCGCUGGGACCUGGAGGGGGAUCCUCAGGGGGAUCUACUGAGGGAUCGACUGGAUCACUUGGACCGACUGGAGAGUGUCAACAGGCAGGUGAAGCUGGCCCACUUCACCAGGCUCCAUGAGAAGGGACUGGAUCUAGGCGAUCUGGGUAAGGAGGAUCUCUCUGAUGUUCUGGAUGAGAUGGGGAACGUGGAUAUGUCUUGGAAGCUGUAUAAGGGCCGGGGAAGGUCUUUGGGAGAUUCCCAGGAGUUCUCUGAUGCUGGAGUGGACCUGACAGCACCUUCAGACUGUGACGAGCCCCUGGUCUCACAAUCAGAGACCUCUUCGCCCAUAGAGCUCCCACCGAGACCCCCCAAACCUCCUGCCCGCUAUGCCAGUGUGAACUCUGAACUCCACACCUACAUCAACAUCAGCCGUGACAUCACCCCCUCCGUCUCUGUCUGCACCUCUCCAUCCUCAUCCCCCACUUUCUACACCUUCAGGUGUGAGAAGGCCCUCCCUCCUUCCCCACGCUCCGUCCCCCCUCCUCUUCUCUGUCAGCCCAUCCCUUACUUUACUCUCUACAAAUCUUCCCCUCUCCCAUUCUCCCUCCCCUCCUCCACUCCCCCCAUCCCUCCCCCUCGGAGGAAGCACCUAGCCCGUAAGGAGGCUCAGCGUCUCGCCACCCUCCAAGCAGGAUGCGGGAAGACCCCCCUGUCCCUCUCCCCUCCCACCUCUCGCCUCCCUCCUUUCCCCCCUGCCCCCACCAUUUCCAUCUCCAACUCCACCACCCCCCCUGCCAUCCCUCCCCCGCCCUCUCUCCCCCCUCCUCCCUCUUUCCAUGCGUUGGAUGAUGAGAUCCGUAAGCUACUAGUGCUAGCAGGACUGACCCAGGCUGAGCUCCUCAAACUCAGCCCAGAGCUGGGGGUUUGUGUGGGGGGACUGGAGGAGGAGGUAGAGGGGGAGACCCACCACACCUCCAGGCCUGGACAGACACAAGAUAGAGGGAUGAGGAGAAAAGAGGAGAAGGCUAAGGAGCAGUAUGAUAUAGAUGGGUUGGCUGUGGAUGGAUGGAGAGAUGGAGGAGGGAGGUCAGGGGUGGAGAGGGAUAGAGAGACUGAUAUAUUUGGAGGAGUAAAGGAGGAUGAGGGAGAGAAAGAGGAGAGCAGAGAUGUGUUUAGAACCACGUCUUUCACUGACAUGGCGAGAAGGAGGAAGAGAAACAGCGUGUUUGGGGCUAACGUUAGCCUAGCAUCUGACUCCUACUACAGCACUGGCAAUACCAACACCUCUAACAAUGUUAACUUCGAGACUUUCAAAUAUUCCCCUGUGCUCUCGGAAACCCCUCCCCCUCCUCCCCCGCGUCCCUUACCCCCUGUCCCCCCUACCCUGCCCCCCCUCAAAGUUUGCACCCUUCUCGCCAACUCUUUACGCCCUGAGCGAUUUGAUUGGCUCAUGGCUUUCUCCCCCGAUGGUGAAACCCUGACCCUGCCCCCGCCCUUGGAAGUUAGAAAAUCUAAUGAGGAAACCCUGAAGAAAUCUACUUCCGGGUCAACGUCAGGGUCGAGUUCAAAAGUCAUGACCUUCAAGGAACUGCGUAACCGUAGCAAACACAGCUCCCCGGCCUACCAACUAAUAACUGAACCGGAUCCUGAUCCCACAGUCAUAACCCCUGACCCUGACUUCCUCUACAACCUCAAGUGGAGGAGGGAAAAGACGGACAGCGACGGAAUCCAAUGGGAGUACACCUCCCAGGCCCAGGCCACCUUCCUGCAACCACCUCCCCUCACCUCAUUGGCUGCUUUUAGGGAAAUGUUCCAGAAAGCAGAAGAUACGAUUGGACAACCCGAGUUAUGUCCCUCGCAGCGGAUUGGCUGCUCAGCCAGUGAAGGGAACCUGUGGAGGAUGGAUGGACAGAGAAAAGAGGAGGGAGAAAAGAGGAAAGAAGAGGUAGAGGAAGAAGAGGUGGAGGUGAGAGGAACAGCUGAUGGAGGAAGAACCUGGGAGUCAAGAACUACAGCGGUUUGUAGCGUCUCAUUUGCCGGCUCUGUACAGAGAGGCGGGAUUUCCUGGAUGGGCGAUGACGUGAAGGCCCCUCUGAGAGGCCUAGGUCUGUCCUCUCUGUGCCUGCUGGAAAAAAGAGCUCUCGUCAGUGCAGUCAGUGUGGCAGUGGAGGCCAUUUUGGCUCAGUUCAGCUCCUCACGGACCCUGGUGCAGAAGGCUCUAUCAGGAGACAGCAGUGUGAAUCCGUCUCUGGGUCGGCUGGUGCUGCAGUGUUUGUGCCCCGCCCUGCGGAGCCUGCUCUCCGACGGCCUCAAGCCCCACCAGAGUGAUUUGAUCUCGGGCAGGAGGCCAAACUCAGCCUGGGGAUUGGUCCAGGCCUCCACCAGGCCAGGGCCCAGCACUCAGUCCCUGUACAGCCUCCAGGCUAGAAUAGGAGAGCUGCCCCAGCUCCGGCAGAACAAACACAGGUUCAACGCCUUCCUCCUCGGCCUCCUCAACAUCAAGCUUAUGGAUUUCUGGCUGUCCCAUCUCCAGUCAUGCAGUGAUGUGUUGGUGACGUUCUACCAGCCCUCCUCCUUCAUGCGUUUGUCAUUGACUUCCUGCCAGCCUCUGUUUGAGGAGCUCCUCCUCCUGCUGCAGCCCCUCAGUCUCCUGACCCUUAACCUCGACCUGCUCUUCCAGCACCACCACCUGGAUCCAGCCAAUCACAGCCCAGAGAUCCCCAGCCCACCCAAUCAGGACCUGGGGUUCAGGCUCUCGCCCCGGGGGUCCGCUUCCCAAGGCAGGGGCAGCAGCUAUCUUGAGAGCCUAUCAGAGCUGGACUUUGGGAGAGCAGAUCCCGAGGCGACCAAUCAUAAUGUGAGCUCAUCGUCCCUGGCCAACUCAGGUGUGGGAGGGUUGGUGGAGUCACUGAAGCCAGCGAGUCUCAGUGUGGGGCCUGCAAAGGUCUCUGGGGGUCUUGCGGAGACAAGUCCUCAGCUGAUGUGGGUCCAGGAGAAAGAAAUUAGGGAGCUAGCACCUCCUAAUGUUGAGGAGGCCAGUCUCUCCCAACAGGCAGGACAGGUGAUCCAGCAGGGAUGGGGGCUGUGGUACGCUGGGGGGGCAAGCUGGGCCAGAACCUGGCUGAACUCAGCCUCUGAAGUACAGAACCAGGAGGGGACAUCCAGAGACCCCCCAGAGCCCCAGACCAGUACCCAGGCCAGGAGUGACCCUCCUCAGGUCGAUGGAGCAUUGGCGGUCCCCUGGGGUUUGGGACGGCUGUUUGGAGCCUCCAAUAACCCCACGAUACCCACACUUCCAACCAGACGUCCGUCUCAGUGGUUGUCUCCAGGGGUGUCUGUUCUGACCCGGAUGGUGAGCAGCAGUUCCAGCGCUAACCAGAGGAGGGCGCUGGAGCCCCAGCAGGUAGAAGAGGUGUUAGAGAGAGAGAUGGAGGAGACAUGGGACAACCCAAGACCCCUCAGGUCAGUCAGAACACUAUGCGACCACUCUGGCACAGGGGCGGAGCUAAGCUUCCAGAAAGGGGAGGAGUUAGUGGUUUUAGGGGGUGUCGAUCACGACUGGAUUCGCUGUCGUCAGGGAGACCGAGAGGGGCUCGUACCCAUUGGCUACGCCUCACUGAUCCUGUGAUUUCAGACACCUGAUCAGAGUUUUGAUUGUUUGAAUAUAUCUGGGGGAGGGAAAAUGAAGUCAUAAAGCUAUAAUGUAUUUAGGCAACCAUAGAGAGGCUGUGGUGAAGUCACAAUGCUCUCUGAGAAAUAGUUCACCCCCGAAUCUAAGUUCAAAUCACAUGUUUAUAUCUCUAAAGUGGUCCAAAGUCGUAUGUCAGGGUUCCCCAACUGGCGGCCAUUGAUUUUAUAAGGGUUUGGGUUACUUGUUGGACAUAAAAUACUACCAUCAGUAAAUGUUGGAAAUCUGUUCCAAGUUAUUCCCACACAUCAUAGAGAGAGAUGUGAUUGUUUACAAAUCUAAGCAAGAUUUGAAAUUAUUAUAUUUUAGUCAAAUGUUAUAUCUGUUUGGGGUUCUUGCGGUCAAUUUGCAGUCUACAAAUUAUUUGUGAUUAUGUUCCACUGGUGGCUGAAUCUAGUUGAUGAUCUCUGGUCUAAGUGAUUUAGUUCAGUCCUUACUCCGCACCAUCUGUUGUGUAGAUCCCACUAUAUGCACUGGUAGAAAUUUGCAAAACCCAAUCCCUAAAGAACUGUACCAUCUAAUGCCAUCUAAUUAGGGGGAUUUAAGGAAGAUUUAAUUUAGCUCACCAGAUGGUGUGGAAUAUGGACCCAGCACGACUUCAGACCACUUUUGAAGUGUGAAAACUUCAGACAAACACUUAUCUUGGUGUGGACUAUCCCUUUAAAUGUCCUCCAUUCAUCAUCUCUCUUUGGUGACCACUGAUCUGAGAAGGACUGGAUAAAGCUUUGUAGAAUUCUAUUCAUAGAUUGCACCUCGGUCACGUCAUGCCAAGCCGCCAUCGGCGGUGCCCUAAAGUGGUGAUAAGCCCCGUCGUUCUGAGUCUAACUACUGUUUAGUCUAAAUUACAAUAUAGUGCCUGUGGAAAUACGGUGACGUUGCUAAAGUAGUCAAAUAUGUAGGAAACAACUUUCCCAGCAUGAUCAUGUCGUCAAAUGUACUUUAGACAGAUGGCAACGUCAUCAUCUAGCAAAAUUCUGCAAAAAUAGCUAGCAAAGCAAACGUUAGCUCGUUGCAAUCAGGUGGCCUCCCCUCAAUUUAAGCUAGUUAGCUAAUGUUAUACUGCAUCUAAAGACUAUCUGGUGACAUCAAAAUGAUGAUAGAUUUUCCUAAUAAUUAUUUGCCUGUUUUUGAAUGUCAUCCUGGCCACUGAAAUACACUUUAGAUGAAAUCUUCAUCAGUGCUUAUUGAUGAUGCAUUGAGUAGAACGCUCAGUCGGGCAUCAGUCCAAACAAACGUUAAAAACAAUAUUGUGACGAAACAUGCAACCAAUGCAUUCAGCUUAUCCAAACACUUUCAGAUCAGCAGUCACUAUGGGAAGAUUUCUAGCCUGGUAGCCAGGUCGGUUUCUGCUCUAGACCCAGACAUUGCCGCCAGGCUAACCGGUGAAGGGAGCCAUGGUAGAGUAUUGGAGCGUAGCCCCUGCUACGUAACGUAGUACCAUAGUGAAAUGUAGCUGUUUUCUGUGUUCUAUUUGACCUUUCACCCCUAUUGAUCUCUCACCUCUUUCGCUUGGUCUCUGUGUGUUUGACAUGUUCCCACUACAAUUAAUAGUCAGUUUAAAAAGGAUAACUAUUUGACUGUAUAAAUAUACAUACAUAAUAUAUAGGUAUAUGAAUAUAGAUGAAUUUAACCGAGAUAGAUAGAUGGAUAGAUAGAUAACCAAGAGAAAACAGAUAGUCAAACAUGACUAUAGAUAAGUGAUCUGGCCUUUUAUCCCCAACUCACCAGUCACUCUACUCUAUAGUCAUUAUACACACGGACAGCUCCAGUGUUUUUGUCAAUUAUUGGAAUCCAGUGGCUUCAUCUUAGUGUGUGUUGUAUGCAUUGUCAUGACUUCAUAUCCUUCAUAUCGUCAUAACCUGAUGGUCUCCUACCUUUACACUGUAUUUAUUGUAUAAUGAAUGCUUUGAGUGAAUGCAGUGGGGUUGGGCUCAAUAUGGCAGUCAAUUCAGGAAGGAAACUGAAAUCCCAAUUCGAUGAUUGAAAUAGGGGCCUGUAUUUUUAAUGACUUCUUAAUGAAUUGAAAAGGAGAAGCUAUUUAUGUUUUUUAAUUAGCUGAUUUUAAAUUCAAAUCACUUCCUGAAUCGGCAGCCUACAAUUCGAAUUGAGCCCAACCCUUGAAUGCAGAAGAAUAUCUAUCUAUAUGACACAUAUCUAAAGGACAUUCUAGUAUCCAACAGUAUAUAAAUAUAACUGGCAUAGCAAUGCUGUAACUUCAAUCAGUCCACACCUCUUAAACCUCACUAACACAUACUACUCAGUGCUUAUGGAAAUAUCAAUGCUUUGAGACGGACAGAUAAACAGACAGGUAGACAGACAGAUAAACAGACAGAUAAACAUUCUGAGGGACUUGAGACCUGUCUCUUUCUACUCAUCCCAGGGAUGAUCAACUCUAGUCUGGUUACUUUUCCUUUACCUCACAGAUCAAUUGGUAUAUUUGAUUCCCCAGAUGUUUAACUUGACUGGUUACCUGGGCCUUACUAAGUCUGACUACAAGACAAUACUAAAGGCUACUGAGACCAGUAGACAAUGUGUGUUUCCAGGGCCAUAGUUGUAUGUUCCUGACCGAGACUGUCCAAGCUUUCAGAUGAAGCAGUAAGAUACUCCCUGAUGUACUGUAUGUGUAUGAAGGCACCACGACUGUCAAGCCUAUGUGUUUGAGGAAGAGGCUGCCCUUCCCCCAACCGUACCUCAGCUCUCAUACAUAGAUGUAUAUUAGAGUACUACCGAGAUGUAUAUUAGAGUACUACAGAAGUGUCUAAUAGAGAGUACUACAGAUAUGUAUAGAGAUGUACAGUGGGGAGAACAAGUAUUUGACACACUGCCGAUUUUGCAGGUUUUCCUACUUACAAAGCAUGGAGAGGUCUGUCAUUUUUAUCAACUGUGAGAGACAGAAUCUGAAACAAAAAUCCAGAAAAUCACAUUGUAUGAUUUUUAAGUAAUUAAUUUGCAUUUUAUUGCAUGACAUAAGUAUUUGAUACAUCAGAAAAGCAGAACUUAAUAUUUGGUACAGAAACCUUUGUUUGCAAUUACAGAGAUCAUACGUUUCCUGUAGUUCUUGCCCGGGUUUGCACACACUGCAGCAGGGAUUUUGGCUCACUCCUCCAUAUAGACCUUCUCCAGAUCCUUCAGGUUUCGGGGCUGUCGCUGGGCAAUACGGACUUUCAGCUCCCUCCAAAGAUUUUCUAUUGGGUUCAGGUCUGGAGACUGGCUAGGCCACUACAGGACCUUGAGAUGCUUCUUACGGAGCCACUACUUAGUUGCCCUGGCUGUGUGUUUCGGGUUGUUGUCAUACUGGAAGACCCAGCCACGACCCAUCUUCAAUGCUCUUACUGAGUGAAGGAGGUUGUUGGCCAAGAUCUCGCGAUACAUAGCCCCAUCCAUCCUCCCCUCAAUACGGUGCAGUCGUCCUGUCCCCUUUGCAGAAAAGCAUCCCCAAAGAAUGAUGUUUCCACCUCCAUGCUUCACGGUUGGGAUGGUGUUCUUGGGGUUGUACUCAUCCUUCUUCCUCCUCCAAACACGGCGAGUGGAGUUUAGACCAAAAAGCUCUACUUUUGUCUCAUCAGACCACUUGACCUUCUCCCAUUCCUCCUCUGGAUCAUCCAGAUGGUCAUUGGCAAACUUCACACGGGCCUGGACAUGCGCUGGCUUGAGCAGGGGGACCUUGCGUGCGCUGCAGGAUUUUAAUCCAUGACGGAGUAGUGUGUUACUAAUGGUUUUCUUUGAGACUGUGGUCCCAACUCUCUUCAGGUCAUUUACCAGGUCCUGCCGCGUAGUUCUGGGCUGAUCCCUCACCUUCCUCAUGAUCAUUGAUGCACCCCGAAGUGAGAUCUUGCAUGGAGCCCCAGACCGAGGGUGAUUGACCGUCAUCUUGAACUUCUUCCAUUGAACUCUUGAACUUCUAAUAAUUGCGCCAACAGUUGUUGCCUUCUCACCAAGCUGCUUGUCUAUUGUCCUGUAGCCCAUCCCAGCCUUGUGCAGGUCUACAAUUUUAUCCCUGAUGUCCUUACACAACUCUGGUCUUGGCCAUUGUGGAGAGAAUGGAGUCUGUUUGAGUGUGUGGACAGGUGUCUUUUAUACAGGUCACGAGUUCAAACAGGUGCAGUUAAUACAGGUAAUGAGUGGAGAACAGGAGGGCUUCUUAAAGAAAAACUAACAGGUCUGUGAGAGCCGGAAUUCUUACUGGUUGGUAGGUGAUCAAAUACUUAUGUCAUGCAAUAAAAUGCAAAUUAAUUACUUAAAAAUCAUACAAUGUGAUUUUCUUUUUGUUUUAGAUUCUGUCUCUCACAGUUGAAGUGUACCUAUGAUACAAAUUACAGACCUCUACAUGCUUUGUAAGUAGGAAAACCUGCAAAAUCGUUAGUGUCUCCCCACUGUAUGUACCUUAUUCUCCCCACUGUAUGUACCUUGUUCUCCCCACUGUACGUACCUUCCUCCUUUCCCUACCUGUCAUGCUAACCCGUGUAAGGUCAUCAUUUUUAAUACCAUAGUAACGAUAGUGGUAGUAGAAUAACGUUCAAGUAAUCAUGUUUAUUACUAUGUUUCUCUUCUGAUUUGGUUGGUAGUUAUUCUGUAGGCUUGGUAAUGAUGAUGCAUAUGAUGUACUUCUCAAAGGCUUCUGGUUUAAAGGAACUGAUUGUUUGCUGUUUUUGUUGUUUUGUCACUUGCAGGUGACAUGGCACUUCUUGAAGAGUUUAGGUUACUUCAGGAAUUCAAAUUUAAUGGGAAUAUCGCUCUUUUGAUUGGCCAGAAAAAAAUAUAAAAGGUUAACAUGCCAUCAAGCCUCUGUGGUGUAGCACAGGGUUAGUGUCCCUAUGACAACAAUAGAUUGGAAACAUUGUAACUUUGCACUUGCAUUAUACAGGCUACUUUACCAAAUCUUCCAGCAAGUGCAAUGGUAUGGCACCUGCUAGUAUGUCAACAACCUAACUAGCUAAUCCAAAUCGCUGCGUGUCUCAAGACAAUGUGUAGCUCCAAUAGAUAGUUGUUUACCAAACAGUGGAGCCACUGUGUGUCAUGGCCAGUCACACUACACCCCUGGUCUUCUAAAGGCUUUAGCUGGGUCACGGCAGCAAAACAAGCUAGACAACUACUUUCUUCGGCCAGUAAAUUGACAUGAGUCGUUUUAGAGCUAUCUGUAAUGUAUUUUAAUUACAGCUUGUAGUAAAUUAGGCUGUAUGAGGGAGGAGCUAGUUAGUGUCAGCAAGGCCCACCUUUCAAUGUGCCAUGCCUAGAUACAGGUGAAGGGUAAACCUAACUUCAGGAAAUACACAUGGUCUGUGACGGUAACAAUCUCACUAUGUUGACAAGGAUUUUCUCAUUAUUUUUUGUCUUUGAUUUGGGUAUAUUUUCCUUUGUGUGAGAGGAUCCAUGAUAAAUGCAUUGAUUUGUAUGAAAAGCUGUACAUUUAUUGGAUGUGGUGUUUAUUGACCCUGGAGUCCCUGAAAUGUGUGUGUGUGUAUAUAUAUAUAUAUACUGUUGUAUUUGUCCCCUCACGUCUAUCUCUCUAUCUAUCUGGGGUUUUGUGUGUAUCACAGGAGGUUGGUGGCACCUUAAUUGUGGAGGACGGGCUUGUGGUAAUGACUGGAGCGGAAUCAGUGGAAUGGUAUCAAAUACAUUAAACACCUGGUUGAUGCCAUUCAUUUAGCUCCGUUCCAGCCAUUAUUAUGAGCCGCCCUCCCCUCAGCAGCCUCCGUGUGUGUGUGUGUGUGUGUGUGUGUGUGUGUGUGUGUGUGUGUGUGUGUGUGUGUGUGUGUGUGUGUGUGUGUGUGUGUGUGUGUGUGUGUGUGUGAGCGAACGAGCAUGUGUCUGUGUGUGUAGCAGUGGGUUCUGUAUCUCUCUGGUGUGAUGUAGCCUGCCCUGUGCCUCACUGUUCCAUAGUGUACUGUGUCCCUGUAGCGUCAGUCAGUGUCUGACUCCCGCAUGUGCUUGUUUGUAAAUACCCAAUAAAUAAUCAACAUAAACCAAA